CACCCUCCCCGCGCAGCCAAUGGGCGUGCGCACGUCACUGACCCGGAGGCCCGCGGGCCGGCAGCCCCUCAAUAAGCCACAUUGUUGCAUGAAACUCCGGCGCAGGAGUCCCGGGCCGCCGCUGGCAACAUCGUGUCACCCAGCUAAGAAAAUCCGCGGGCCGGAGCCACGCGCCUGUGAACCAGAGAGGUCCCACUGCCGGAGUGGAGCCGGGCUGCGAUUCUUCUCAAGUUGAGCCUCAGUGAUCCUGUGGCCGAAGUUAGCGCCUUGACGUGGGAAAACCGGACACGCCGCCAGGAGAGAACUGAGGCGCCUGGUAGCAGUUGUGACACCAAAAUCCCGUCUCUGGAGACCCGCGCCCUCCGCCAGCCGGGCGCACCCUAGCCGUUAGCCCUCUUUGUGCGUCGUUCGGACUCCCAGCUCCCGGCCCGGCAGCCGAGCCCCAGCACAAAGCAGUCGGACCGCGCCACCCGCCUCCCCGCUCGCGCCCCCGUUUCGGUUUCCCAACUCUGCGCCGUCGGGCCGCGGCAGAAUGAUUGCCUCGCAUCUGCUCGCCUACUUCUUCACGGAGCUCAACCAUGACCAAGUGCAGAAGGUUGACCAGUAUCUCUACCACAUGCGCCUCUCUGAUGAGACCCUCUUGGAGAUCUCUAAGCGGUUCCGCAAGGAGAUGGAGAAAGGGCUUGGAGCCACCACCCACCCCACUGCAGCAGUGAAGAUGCUGCCCACCUUUGUGAGGUCCACUCCAGAUGGGACAGAACACGGAGAGUUCCUGGCUCUGGACCUUGGAGGGACCAACUUCCGUGUGCUUUGGGUGAAAGUAACGGACAAUGGGCUUCAGAAGGUGGAGAUGGAAAACCAGAUCUAUGCCAUCCCCGAGGACAUCAUGCGAGGCAGUGGCACCCAGCUGUUUGACCACAUUGCCGAAUGCCUGGCUAACUUCAUGGAUAAGCUACAAAUCAAAGACAAGAAGCUCCCAUUGGGUUUUACCUUCUCGUUCCCCUGCCACCAGACUAAACUAGACGAGAGUUUCCUGGUCUCAUGGACCAAGGGAUUCAAGUCCAGUGGAGUGGAAGGCAGAGACGUUGUGACUUUGAUCCGGAAGGCCAUCCAGCGGAGAGGGGACUUUGAUAUCGACAUUGUGGCUGUGGUGAAUGACACAGUUGGGACCAUGAUGACCUGUGGUUAUGAUGACCACAACUGUGAGAUUGGUCUCAUUGUGGGCACGGGCAGCAACGCCUGCUACAUGGAAGAGAUGCGCCACAUCGACAUGGUGGAAGGUGACGAGGGGCGGAUGUGUAUCAAUAUGGAGUGGGGGGCCUUCGGGGACGAUGGCUCGCUCAACGACAUUCGCACUGAGUUUGACCAGGAGAUUGACAUGGGCUCGCUGAACCCAGGGAAGCAACUGUGGGAGAAGGAUGGCAUCCGGAAGGCCCGUGAGGUCCUGAUGCGGUUGGGCCUGGACCCGACUCAGGAGGACUGCGUGGCCACUCGCCGGAUCUGCCAGAUUGUGUCCACGCGCUCCGCCAGCCUGUGCGCAGCCACCCUGGCCGCCGUGCUGCAGCGCAUCAAGGAGAACAAAGGCGAGGAGCGGCUGCGCUCUACUAUUGGGGUCGACGGCUCCGUCUACAAGAAACACCCCCAUUUUGCUAAGUGUCUACAUAAGACCGUGCGGCGGCUGGUGCCCGACUGCGAUGUCCGCUUCCUCCGCUCUGAGGAUGGCAGUGGCAAAGGUGCAGCCAUGGUGACAGCAGUGGCUUACCGGCUGGCCGAUCAACACCGUGCCCGCCAGAAGACACUGGAGCCUCUGCAGCUGAGCCAUGACCAGCUGUUGGAGGUCAAGAGAAGAAUGAAGGUGGAAAUGGAGCGAGGUCUAAGCAAGGAGACUCAUGCCAUUGCCCCCGUGAAGAUGCUGCCCACCUACGUGUGUGCCACCCCUGAUGGCACAGAGAAAGGGGACUUCUUGGCCUUGGACCUUGGAGGAACAAAUUUCCGGGUCCUGCUGGUGCGUGUUCGGAACGGGAAGUGGGGUGGAGUGGAGAUGCACAACAAGAUCUACGCCAUCCCGCAGGAGGUCAUGCAUGGUACCGGGGACGAGCUCUUUGACCACAUUGUCCAGUGCAUCGCGGACUUCCUUGAGUACAUGGGCAUGAAGGGCGUGUCCCUGCCUCUGGGUUUUACCUUCUCCUUCCCCUGCCAGCAGAACAGCCUGGACGAGAGCAUCCUCCUCAAGUGGACAAAAGGCUUCAAGGCAUCUGGCUGUGAGGGCGAGGACGUGGUGACCCUGCUGAAGGAAGCGAUCCACCGGCGAGAGGAGUUUGACCUGGAUGUGGUUGCCGUGGUGAACGACACAGUUGGAACUAUGAUGACCUGUGGCUUUGAAGACCCUCACUGUGAAGUUGGCCUCAUCGUUGGCACGGGCAGCAAUGCCUGCUACAUGGAGGAGAUGCGCAAUGUGGAACUGGUGGAAGGAGAAGAGGGGCGGAUGUGUGUGAACAUGGAAUGGGGGGCCUUCGGGGACAAUGGAUGCCUAGAUGACUUCCGCACGGAAUUUGAUGUGGCUGUGGAUGAGCUUUCACUCAACCCCGGCAAGCAGAGGUUUGAGAAAAUGAUCAGUGGAAUGUACCUAGGUGAGAUUGUCCGUAACAUUCUCAUCGAUUUCACCAAGCGUGGGCUGCUCUUCCGAGGUCGCAUCUCAGAGCGGCUCAAGACAAGGGGCAUCUUCGAAACCAAGUUCUUGUCUCAGAUUGAGAGUGACUGCCUGGCCCUGCUGCAAGUCCGUGCCAUCCUGCAACACUUAGGGCUUGAGAGCACCUGUGAUGACAGCAUCAUUGUCAAGGAGGUGUGCACUGUGGUGGCCCGACGCGCAGCCCAGCUCUGUGGCGCAGGCAUGGCCGCUGUGGUGGACAAGAUACGAGAAAACCGUGGGCUGGACGCUCUCAAAGUGACAGUGGGUGUGGAUGGGACUCUCUACAAGCUACAUCCUCACUUUGCCAAAGUCAUGCAUGAGACAGUGAAGGACCUGGCUCCAAAAUGUGAUGUGUCUUUCCUGCAGUCAGAGGAUGGCAGCGGAAAGGGGGCAGCGCUCAUCACUGCUGUGGCCUGCCGCAUCCGUGAGGCUGGACAGCGAUAGAACCCCUGAAAUCGGAAGGAACUUCUUCUUUCUCUCCCUCUUCCCUGUUUUAAGUUAUGUCAUCCCCUUGUGUCAGAGACAGACCCCUUGGCUUUUCCUUGGCAGAGAGGACCCCACUGGACUGGGUUUUGUCUCUGCAUCUCAUCAUAGAGCUUGGUGGGCGAACUUGGCCCUAUUAAGAUAAAUACAGUUCCAAAUAAGGAUUUGUUCACAUGCAUCACAACCAUUCCCACUGGUUCUCUUAAAACACGAAAAUUGUCACCCUUAGUAAUCCCCCUUGCCAAAUUCCAUGUCCCUGUAUAAUUCUACAGGAUGGGGACACUAAUGAAGAUAUGGUUGCUUCACCUUGAAGCCUGAACAUGACAUUUCUAGGUGGGGUGUGUCCCCCAGCUCUGAUGUUGUUACUGAUUCUCCUGUCAGAGAUCUGGGAGGUCUCCACUGAGGAUGUGAGCCUGAUUGUCCUACAGGCAGAUGUGGGGAGGGUGGAGGGGCGACAAUGGAGGGAAAUCCAUGGAUAUCCAUGCGAGCAGCCCCUCUUUAACUUCAUCUACAAGCCUUUGUCCUGUGGAUUCCAGCAUUUGCUAUUCCUGGAAUCAAGGAAUCCCGAGUCUAGGCAGUGAAACCAAAGCCAGAAGUUGACACAUCCUGCAGUUGGGCCAGCCGUCGCAUCUCAGCGGGGUGCACACAUGAUCCACGAGUGAUGGACUUUUGGGGAAGGGGGAGUUUUUGGUUUGUUUUACAAAUUUUUCCUGCAAAAGUGGAAACACUGUAUUUUCAUUUUAAUUUAUAUUUGAAAUUUUAUUUAGUUCUUGAAGUAGAUCUGCUCCUUCAUCUUGACAUGUAAUGGUCAGUUGUACGUAAUGUAUUUAUAUGUUAAUUUGUUGUGUAUAUAGAUAUGCAAGUCUUGUCAGAAUUGGCCUCAGUGUAGUUAAAGGGCGGAAGGGGAAGAUACUGACUAGUCAUAGAAAUACCUCAUUCGCCUGUGGGAAGAGAAGGGAAGCCUCUUCAGGGUGAGUGAGUGGCAAAGCAGUUGCUUCUGGCUCCUCCUUCCCCUGUGGUCUUGGAAGUGUAGAAGGCAGGGACAGAGAUGGAGGCUGAGCCAAUGGACUGAAGAGACCACAGCAAUUGGUUCCUCCAUCUAGAGAUUUUCUUGGGGCAAUAUUCCAUGGGAUGUUAAGCAAAGGAAACCAAAGGAAUCAUUUCAAAUGGACUCAUGGCUUAGAAAUCUUUAUUCUUAGGGCAGUCAGUAGUAUUCUAAAGCUUUCUGACAAGAUAAAGGAAGUCACCAAAAAAAAAGUUUUUAAAAUUGUAUCUAAUCCUCAACAACAAACCAAAACAGAACAAUUAAACAACCAAAUAAAACCUCAGGGACAACAUUUUUGGUGUUUUUGUGCCCUCCCAGCAAGUUUCACCUUGGGUUUGUAUUUUAAAUGUUUUACAAGAAUUGUUGUCCAUGUGCUUCCCUAGGCUGAGCUGGCAUUGGUCUGCUGACCUGUUUUUGUGGGGGGUUUUUUAUACACACUAUUUAUUUCAAACUAUUGGGAGGGAUGAGAGUGGCUUAAAAACUUCCGUCCCUACUUUUCAAGAGUGCCGUUGAUUCUGAAUCUGAAAGCCCACCUCUGCUCUAAAAUACACACAAGCACAGACGUUAAACCUGGAUACUAUAUAAUAAAGAGGGAUGUAACUCCAUUGAAUUGGAUACAAGGAUCAGAAUGGAAAGAUGGAAAGAAACUCAUGAUGAAGUUGCACCCGGUUUUUGUAUAUUUAUCAAACUUGUGCUGAGAAUAGUGUCUGAUUGCACGACUUUUAAGCAAAGUUGGGUGUUAUUGGGUGAAAAUGGCCCAGCUCCUCCUGGGAGCACAGAGCGGCAAAGGGCUGGUCCUCUUUUGCUCUAGUCUCUUUGCUGUCUGGUGUAGCUCUUCUGCUGCUCCCAUCUGCACUAAUUGACCCAAAAUGUGGGUGUUUCCUGCUACACAAAAGCCAAAAGCUUUCACGUAGAUUUUAGGUUCACUAAAGGGUGCCCACAAAAUAGAGAUGAAUUUUAACUUAAAUUUUAAGCUUGAAGAUUAGGUACUAUCUAUGAAGUUACACUUUUUUUUUUUUUUUUUUUAAGGUAGAGAUGUGUGUGUGUGUGUGUAGGUAUUAAAAAUGUGUUGUUGGUUUCCAAAAAGGAACACUGGAAAAUAAAUUUUGAAUGUUUGUGUUCUCAGAAUUAGGUUGACAGUCCUUUGCUGACAUGGCUUUGCUUUGUGUAAUAUACAUGGGAUCUCAAUCUUCGGGGUGUGGUGAAUAGCGAAUCAUCUCAAAUCCUUGAGCACUCAGUCUAGUGAAGAUGUUGUCAUUAUGUACAAUAAAUAACUAGUUUAAUUAACUAUGUGAUGUUAACUAUUAAUAAAUUUUAACAUUUUCCAAAAUAA